CAUUAUGUAUUCAAUUCUCGUAGAAGAUAGCAUCUCAAAUAAAAGUAUUGAUUUCCUACCUUACACAGGUUACCUAGAAGAACCAUAUGGAGAAACACAAUCGUACUGCAGUGAGCAAGGUGACUGAAUUUAUUCUCAUGGGGAUCACAGACAGCCCUGGGCUGCAGGCACCUCUCUUCGGAAUCUUCCUGGUCAUAUACUUGAUCACAGUGUUGGGCAAUCUGGGCAUGGUUAUCUUGACCCAUUUGGACUCCAAGCUACAUACCCCCAUGUACUUUUUUCUUAGACAUUUGUCCAUUACUGAUCUUGGUUACUCCACUGUCAUUGGCCCCAAAAUGAUGGCAAACUUUGUGGUGCACAAAAAUACAAUUUCCUACAAUUGGUGUGCCACCCAGCUGGCACUGUUUGAGAUUUUCAUUAUCACUGAACUGUUUAUUCUAUCAGCAAUGGCCUAUGAUCGCUAUGUUGCUAUCUGCAAACCUCUUCUCUAUGUGGUCAUCAUGGCAGAGAAAGUGCGAUGGGUGCUGGUACUCAUUCCCUAUCUCUACAGUACAUUUGUGUCGCUAUUUCUCACAAUUAAGUUAUUUAGGCUGUCCUUCUGUGGCUCUAACAUCAUCAGUUAUUUUUACUGUGACUGUCUCCCUCUAAUAUCCCUGCUAUGUUCUGACACACAUGAACUAGAACUGAUCAUUUUGAUCUUUUCAGGCUGUAAUUUGCUCUCCUCCCUCUUGAUUGUUCUUGUAUCCUACAUGUUUAUUCUUGUGGCUAUUCUCCGAAUGAAGUCAACUGAGGGGCGGUACAAAGCCUUCUCCACCUGCAGCUCCCAUCUGACAGUGGUGGUCGUGUUCUAUGGGACCUUAUUGUUUAUUUACCUGCAACCCAAAUCCAGCCAUACCUUUGAUAUUGAUAAAAUGGCCUCUGUGUUUUACACCCUGGUGAUUCCAAUGCUGAAUCCAUUGAUCUACAGCCUAAGGAACAAAGAAGUAAAAGAUGCACUAAAAAGAACUUUGACUAAUCAGUGCAAAAUCCCUACUUAAAAUCUUAAUAUUCAGUGGCAACG